AUGGGAGCUAACAACAGUACGCGGCGCGUGUCAUUUGAGUCAGACGAGAACGACAAUGUAACAGUGGUGAAGGGCAUCAGGCUUUCAGAGGACGUCAUCAACCGAAUGCGAGAACCUUCGAAGGCCCCUCGUCCACAGCCUGUUCCUCCUCCUCCAUUUGAUCCGAUCCCCACCUUUCCUCCUCCACCUGCUCCUCCUGCUCCAUCUCAAGAGACUGUAACACCACCACCUCCUCUUCCUCCUCCUCCUCAACCCGUGCAGGUAGAAGCACCCACCAUCAUUGACAUGGUGCUACCCUCAGCCUCCUUGCCCGUAGAUGUGCCUCCCGCUUUUGAGCCGACUACCACUCCUCCUCCCGCUGUUGAGCCGGUAACUAUCCCCUUUGCCUCUCCUUCGGAUCCCCCUGCUUCCGCCCCUUUCCCUGCUUCGGUGGAUUCUGUAACUCCACUAAGCGAACCCCUCUCCUCUCCUGCUUUCCUGUCACCUGAAUCGGACCCCCUCUCCUGCCUUCCUGUUUCUGAGCCUGUUGUUAUCCUGCCAACUCCUUCUCCACAGGCUGAAUUGCCGGCCGAGUCAGAACCCUCUGUUCCUGUCCAGGAGGCCAGUCCAGUUGCACCAACAAUUGAUGAAGAAGCCCUGAAAAAAAGGAUCAGCGAUGAGCUGUACGAAGGCUUGGAGAAGCAGAGGGUCAAGGCGGAGCAAGACCUGCAAGCUUGGCUGGAGGCGGAAAAGUCCCGCGCAUCGGCCCAAUCUCAGGCCGAGGCCAAGCGUCACGUGGAGGACGAGGUGGCCCGCAUUCUGUCGGCCGAACGCGCCGUGGCCCAGGAGAGCAUCCAGCAGGCCGUCAUCAGGGAGCGCAUCGUCAGCGAAGACGAGAAGCUCCGCGUUCAGCUCUACGCUAAACAGCUGGAGGCUAAAGAGGCUGACCUAAGCAAGCAGGAUGCCUUCUACAGGGAGCAGGUGGCUCGACUGGAGGAGAGAAGUGCUCAGUUCUACAAGGUCACCACAGAGAACUACCAUAAAGCCGCUGAUCAAGUGAAUGCCAAGUUCAAACGCUACGACACAUACCCAGUAUGUGCUGACCUGCAGGGCCAGAUCCUCGCGUGCUACAAAGAAAACGCCGGCAAAACCCUCCAUUGCUCCAACAUAGCAGCCAUGUAUCUUCAGUGUGUCAACAAUGCUAAACAGCCUGUAGGUGGCGCUCUGAUGCAGAGUUUCAACAACAAGGAGUCCCCCUCGAGUGCUUUCUGCAAGCAGGAGGGAAUUAGAAAGGAGGGAGUCAGUCCGGAUGCUCAAGACCCCCCCAAAAAGAGCCCACUGGCAGCAAAUUGA